CUCUCUCUCUCUCUCAGUCUCUCUCUCUAGCCAUGGCGACAGACCCUCCGCUGAGGGUUCCUGACCCCCCGGAAACCUCGGUCGAUGAAGAUCAGGCCAAGAAUCAGGGAACUGAAGUAACAGGGGCACAGAAUGAACAAGAGGAAGCCAAGAAUCAUGAAAUUGAUGAAACAGGGGCGCAAGAGGAUGCCAAGAUUCCAGAAAUUGAUGAAACAGGAGCGCAGAAAGAGCAAUAUCAGGCAAAGAAUCAAGAAACUGAAGUAACAGGGGCACUGAAAGAGCAAGAGGAGGCCAAGAAUCAAGAAAUUGAUGAAACAGGGGCACAGAAAGAUCAAGAGGAGGCAAAGACUCAAGAACUUGAAGUAACAGGGGCACGGAAAGAGCAAAAGGAGGCCAAGAAUCAAGAAAUUGAAGUAACAGGGGCACAGAAAGAGCAAGGGGAGGCCAAGAAUCAAGAUGAUUUUCUCCGGAGCCUGCAAUUGGAGCACGAACGCUUAACCAGAGAGCUGGAUGUCCUCACGAAGAGGAACGAGGAGCUUCAGCGUCAAUUGGAGCACCAACGCUUAACUAUCGAGCUGGAUGUCCUCACAAAGAGGAACGAGGAGCUUCAGCAUCAAUUGGAGCACCAAUGCUUAACCAGGGAGCUGGAGGUCCUCACGAAGAGGAACGAGGAGCUUCAGCAUCAAUUGGAGCACCAACGCUUAACCAGCGAGCUGGAGGUCCUCACAAAGAGGAACGUGGAGCUUCAAUUGGAGCACCAACGCUUAACCAGGGAGCUGGAGGUCCUCACGAAGAGGAACGAGGAGCUUGAGCAUCAAUUAGAGCACCAAGGCUUAACCAGGGAGCUGGAGGUCUUCACGAAGAGGAACGAGGAGCUUCAGCGUCAAUUGGAGCACCAAUGCUUAACCAGCGAGCUGGAGGUCCUCAAGAAGAGGAACGAGGAGCUUCAGCAUCAAUUGGAGCACCAACGCCAAACCAGGGAGCUGGAGGUCCUCACGAAGAGGAAUGAGGAGCUUCAGCAUCAAUUAGAGCACCAACGCUUAACCAGCGAACUGGAGGUCCUCACGAAGAGGAACGAGGAGCUUCAGCGUCAAUUGGAGGACGCAACAGGAGACCAAUCAGACAUGGAAGAACAUGCUGCGUUUUUGAGGCAGCGGUUAAUGGAGGGAGAAUGGCUGCGAUGAUUCCUGAGUUAGGGAGGAUUUUCGAGCACUCAGAAGCUCAGCAUCACGGUUUGGUGGAUAUGAUAGAGGAAGCAAGGAGAGAGUUGGAGCUUUUGGAUUUGCUCCGGAACCUGCAAUUGGAGGAAGCAACAGGGGCAGGGCUUGAUCCUAGCUUUUUCUACUGUGCAAGACAGUUCGACUGUGACUCUUUGUUUGAUAUGAAUAAGGAAAUCUUUUGAUUCUGAAAUCCAUAUCCUUCAAUUCAUAGAGACCACCCUCUUGUGUUAGUAGUACGAAAUAUGGCCAUUCUUUUCUAUAAUCCAUAUGCCUUGUAUGAAGAAGCAACGACCCUCUCUCUCUCUCUUCUGUGGAUGUAGAAUGGAAUUGCAGCAGCACCAUUUUUUAGUGUAAACCAUUUUGAAUAGAAUUCCUCCUUGCAUUGCAUGAAGC